AUGCUGAAAAAGCUGCUGAAAAGUUAUCCAGUUCUUGUUCGUGCUGCUUAUGCUCUUGGUGGCCUAGGGUCUGGAUUUGCAACAAACAAAGAAGAAUUAAAUGUAAUUGCAAAACAAGCAUUUGCUCAUUCUAAUCAAGUACUUAUUGAUAAAAGUAUUCAAGGAUGGAAGGAGAUCGAAUAUGAAGUUGUUCGCGAUGCCUAUGACAAUUGCAUUUCUGUCUGCAACAUGGAAAAUAUUGAUCCAGUUGGGAUUCAUACGGGAGAGUCCAUUGUUGUCGCACCAUCACAAACGUUGAAUGAUCAUGAGUACUUUAUUUUGAGGGCAACUGCGUUGCGGUAUUAUAUAAUCGAAGUGAAUGCUCGUUUGUCGCGUUCGUCUGCAUUAGCAAGUAAAGCCACUGGCUAUCCUCUCGCUUAUAUUGCUGCUAAAUUGGCACUUGGCGCAUCACUGCCAGAACUACAAAAUUCUGUUACUGGCGAAACUACAGCUUGUUUUGAGCCUUCUCUGGAUUAUUGUGUUGUAAAAGUUCCUCGAUGGGAUCUGGGAAAAUUUGCUCGUGUUAGUACGAAGAUAGGUAGUUCAAUGAAAUCUGUUGGGGAAGUUAUGGCUAUUGGGCGUUCCUUUGAAGAAGCACUUCAAAAGGCCCUCAGAAUGGUUAAUGAACAUUAUGAAGGGUUUUCUCCUUAUUUAUUCAAAAGAAAAGUUGAAAGAGCGGAUUUGCAAGAACCAACUGAUCUUCGAAUUUUUGCUUUAGCUAGAGCUCUUUUCUCUGAGGAAUUGAAAUGUGACGCUGGUCAGGAUUAUAUAGACUUUGUUUAUAAACUUUGCAAGAUCAAUAAAUGGUUUCUUCAUCGUAUGCGUAAUAUUGUUGAUAUGUACAAACGUUUAAAACAUCAUUGUUCGCAAUAUUGUUCGGAGAAAAUUAAAUAUAAUAAGCAUACUUUCCCUUCAUUGUUAAGAGAAGCUAAACAAAUUGGAUUUUCAGAUGCUCAAAUUGCUAAACUUAUCGAUAGUACUGAAUUGAAUGUAAAGAAUCUGCGAAAGCAAUUUGGCAUUUUUCCUUAUGUCAAACAAAUUGAUACAGUGGCUGCAGAAUGGCCUGCAAAAACGAAUUACUUAUAUUUAACUUAUAAUGGAAAUGAACACGACAUCGACUUUUAUGAAAAUACUGAUAGUGUUAUUGUUCUCGGUUCUGGCGUAUACCGAAUUGGUUCUUCUGUUGAAUUUGAUGCUUGUUCCGUAGGAUGUAUAGAAGAAUUAAAGCGAAUGGGUCGUCAAACUAUUAUGAUUAAUUGCAAUCCAGAAACAGUUUCAACAGAUUAUGACAAAUGCGAUCGGCUUUAUUUUGAGGAAAUUUCGUUGGAAGUUGUUUCACAAAUUUAUGAGUAUGAACGACCGAGUGGAAUUAUUCUUGCUUUUGGCGGGCAAGCUGCGAACAAUAUUGCCCUUUCACUGGAUUCUAACUUGACUGGAUUAAAUUUUCGUGUUUUUGGCACUGCUCCUAAAUUUAUUGAUGAAGCUGAAGAUCGUUUUAAAUUUAGCAGAGCAUUGGAUGAACUAAAGAAUGCAAAAAACACUUCGGAUGCCGAAUCAUUUUGUAACUCUGUUGGUUUUCCAUGCUUAAUUCGGCCAAGCUAUGUUUUAUCUGGAGCUGCGAUGAACGUCGCACAUUGUGUUGAAGAUUUACAUCAAUUUUUGAAUGUGGCACACAGCGUAGCUGAUGAGCGAACUGUUGUUGUAAGCAAGUUUAUUGAAAAUGCUAAAGAAAUCGAUGUCGAUGUGGUUUGUCUAAAUGGGAAAGUUUUGUGUAUGGCAAUAUCUGAACAUGUUGAGAAUGCUGGUAUUCAUUCUGGAGAUGCAACUUUAGUCACUCCUCCACAAGAUUUGAAUGAGGAGACAAGGAUUUCAAUUAAUAAAAUUGUUAGAAGCAUCGCUAGGCGUUUUAUGGCUGUUGGGCCAUUUAAUCUUCAACUGAUUGCUAAAGACAAUAAACUUUUUGUUAUUGAAUGCAAUUUACGUUUUCCAUUCAUUUCUAAAACACUUGAUUUUGAUUUUGUUGGUCUCGCAACUAGGGCGAUGAUGUUUUCUGGCGAACCAAAGGAUUUUACUUUUAAACCUCCACCAAAACCAAAUAAAGUUGGAGUAAAGGUCCCACAAUUUUCUUUUACUCGUCUUUCUGGCGCAGAUGUUGUUAUGGGUGUUGAAAUGCUUUCUACUGGCGAGGUUGCUUGCUUUGGACUUAAUCGUCAAGAGGCUUACCUUAAAGGACUUCUUUCAACUGGUUUUCAGUUACCUACUAGGGCAAUUUUCUUGUCGAUCGGCGGACCUUUUGCUAAAGAUGAAAUGCUGCCAAGUGUCAAAAUUUUAUCCAAACUCGGAUAUGUUCUUUAUGGGAGUAAAGGAACAGCUUAUUAUUACUCUUGUAAAGGCAUUCCAGUAAGAAUAUUUUUAAUUCUUUUAAAUUUUUGUAUUAAGAUAAAACAACUUGAGUGGCCCUUUGAUGAUAUAACGUCGGGAGAAGAUUGCAAUGAUUUAUCAACCUCAAAAAUGUCUACUGUCAAUACAACAAUAACUGACUAUGUUGCAAAAAAGAAUAUUGAUCUUAUGAUAAAUUUGCCAAUUCGUGGAUCUGGAACUUAUCGCGUUAGUGCUUAUAGAACAUUUGGAUAUAAAACUCGCAGAAUGGCAAUUGAUAGUGGAAUCCCUCUCAUUACUGAUAUUAAAUGUGCUAAACUUUUUAUUCAGUAGACUGAAUAUAUCCC